AAAGUAUAUAAAUCAUCUCCUUUUAGUAAAUUACAUCAAAUUUUGUCUAGAUUUUCUUCUUCUCACUAAGACCAAUAAUAUAGAGAAGAAGAAAUCUUUUGUGUGUAGGGUAAGAGAUUUUCUUACCUAGAUCUUAUAUCUCUUUAUAUAGAUAUCAUAUCAUGAUUUCUGGAAGAUGUGCUGCUUGCAAGAAUCAAAGAAGAAAAUGCCCUUCUGAUUGCAUAUUUUCUCCAUAUUUUCCUGCCAAUGAUCCUCAAAAAUUUGCUUGUGUCCACAAAAUCUAUGGUGGCAGUAAUGUUGGAAGAAUGCUUCAGGGAAUCCCAACCUAUCUGAGAGAACAAGCUGCAAAUGCAUUGUAUUUAGAAGCAAAAUGGAGGAUUGAUGACCCUGUUUAUGGAAGUGUUGGCAUUAUCUCUUCAUUGUAUGAACAAGUUCAAAAUGCAGAAAUUGAGCUAGCAAAAAUUCAAGCUCAGAUUGCUUUCUACAAACUCCAAACCCAACAUGUUGAAGCUGAACCAAAUUCGGAAGUUUUGCAAUCACAAAGCAUCACUAUGGAGCAGUUUGAAUCGGACAAUCCAACUAUAACUUCUUGGUUCAAUUGA